AUGCCCGAAAUCCUCCUCCCGGAUACAACCUCCAUCACCUCCUCCACCGCCUCCUCCCUCCUCCUCUACACCCAUCCUCAUGCUCAUGCUCACCAGCAGACCAGCACCGGCACCGGCAUCCCCCUCAUCCAACGCAAAAGCAAAACCCUCCCACUGCGCCGUUUAUCGGGCUGGGGCUGGCUCUCGCGCCGCGUCUCCAGGCAGGGAUUGAACGCCACCCACGUACUCCCUCCUCCUACUCACACUCACACUCACACCCACCACCACACCCACACUCACAAUGACUGUGAGUAUGAUGAGUACGAUGAGUAUGAAGAUGAAGAUGAAACCAACAACAUCAUCUCCGACCCCAAACGCCGCAAAAUGAGGGCCUUGGAAGCACACUACGAGCAAGAACAAGAACAAGCGCGCCGGAGAGAGCGCGAUCUAUACGAGUCCUAUGCGGCGUAUUGCCAGGCCUUUACGUCGGCGGGCCAGCACCAGCAGCAGCACCAGCAGAGACGCAAGACGUGGAUGAUGGACGGGGAGGUGGAUCUCUCAUCCGAGAAUUGCAAUGAGAUCCACGCUGUCCACAUCGAUAAUGACGAUGACGAUGAGGAUGAGAAACGGGAAUUCCCAGCCGAACCGUCGCCCCCUCCUCAGAUCCUCACCCCGUCGCUCUACGCCGAGAUGCGCCGGGUUGCCUGCGACAAGAAAAGAGACAGGCACCGCCGGUUGUGGGCGCCCGUCCAGUCGUGGUUCCUUCAGAUUCGUCACCGCGAGUCUCACUGA